AUGUGGGUAUCCUUUACCCCAAAAUUUUGGUUUUAAAAGAUUACAGAAUGCUUUAACGAUGAAUGGAGGAUGGGACACCUCCUAUUUGCCUAGAUAUUUUUUGUCAUUUCUAAAAAUUGUGCAAGACGAGCAGGGUUUUUCUCUUCGCACUGCCUCUCUCUCCAUCUCUCCCUUCCCAAUUAAUCAGGGUCGAUUCUGGAUCUUUGAUAUUUCGCUGCGGUUUCUGCGGAUUGGAUAGGGGAAAGAGGGUUCCUAGGGUUUCGUAUACCGAUGGAUGGUACUAUUUUUUGGGCUCUUGGCGCCGAGUUUGUCUGUUUUGAUUAUUUUAUGAGGUUCCUCUAAGCCGUUUUUUUAUUGAUUAUCCAAGAAGAGGGUUUUCAGCGCUGAUGAUUGAAAAGUUGUUUCCUUUCUUAUGUUCUCGGAUUAGGCUUUGUAUAUUUUUCUGUUGUUCUUCUCGGUUGAAGCAUUUCAAGUAGAGGAUUGCGGAAGGAGGAAAAGAUUAGACUCCGAAGAUUUCGUUUUAUGCACCAGGACAUCUGUUAGUUCCUAGUGUGGAAUUGAGAUUCUGGAAAGUGAGUUUGACUUUGGCGGGUUUUUUCGCCAUCACCAUAAAGGGUUUAGAUUUAGUGUUCACAGAUAUGACUCGCUUGUUUGGCUGCUCGAGGGCUUUCUAAAUUGUAAAGGCAAGGUGGGAUUCUCAAGUGGGGUAGGAUGGAUAAGGACACAUUUUCUGUUGAUUCUCUGGAUGGCUUGCAUUUGGGAAAUGGGAGUAGUCCCGAUGAUUCCUUGUGCACUGAAAUGGAAAUCGAUGACAGUGGAAUUUCAAGUUCAAAAAAUGAGAUUGAAGUUUUUUCUAUGCAAAAGGGCGAUGGGAGUAAUGUGGUAUUCUCCAGGGAAGCCCCCCUUUUAGGCAGAGAAGACACUAGAGUGUCCUCUGGGACCUGUGGUUGCAGUGCCAAUAAGCUCAAAUCCAGGAUGGUUCCGACGGAUUUGGAGCUCGGGAAGGAAAAAACUGGGCAUGAGAAAAAACUCAGCAGACAAGACAGGAUCGAGUUGGGGCGACUGUUUCAGGGUGCCGUGACUUCCCGUGAUUGGGAACUCGCAGAAAAUCUGAUAUCAUUAGCAGAUCCACAGACCCUUAAUGAUGCCUUGUGCAUUUCCUUGGAUUCCAUAUGGUUCUUGAGCACACAGCAAGACCUAUAUGGGCUCACCGGAUUAAUAAAGAAGGUCAUUGUUAAUGGUGCUUGUGAUUUCACCAGAGCAGCUCUCAGGACCUCGUUUCUUGCUUCAUGUGUGUCUGCUUGCCAGAGCCGGACAAUGAGCCUUUCAGAUACAGUAACCAUAAUGGCGCAAAGGUUGCAUGAGCGUCUGCAAGAAUGUAAUGGGGAUGAGGUCUUGAAGGCAGAAGCUGGUGCCAAGGUCCAAAAAUUCACUGAAUGGGCUCUGAAAUGUAUUGGUUUUCAUUCUCGUUGCCAUGGGAAUAGAGAUAGAGUGAGUCACAGCUCGGCUGUGGAAAUCCAACUCCAGCUAUCUGCAUUCAAGACAUUCCUGGAUCUUGCUGGCAACCAACUUACUGGAAAAGAUUUCACCGAGGCCUUUGAUGCCGCUUGCUUCCCCCUUACUCUCUUCUCUAGCUCAUUUGAUCCUGGUUGGGCAUCUGGGAUAUCAGCGACUGCAGUCCAAGGAUUGUUGGGUAUGUUGGUAGAGGGGGGUGCAGACAAUGUCAACCAAUGUUUCCUUGAAGCCUCACGUUUUGGAAGCACUGAACUUGUUCGCAUAUUAUUGCAGAUUGCCCAAAGGAACAGCUUGGACGUUGAUGUUGACCUGGCUCUGGGAUUUGCUUCCCAUUAUUGCAAGAUUGGCACAAUGGAGUGUCUUGUAGAAGAGGGUAAUGCCAUAGCUUUCUUGGGUCCUUUGAUGAGAGCUGCUGAGAGGGGCUGCAUGCAGGUUGUGCAAUGGUUCGUGAAAAGGGGUUGCCGAGAUAUGGAACUCUGCCUUGCGCUGACAGCUGCCACUUCUAGCAGCCAAAUUGGGAUUGCAGCUUUUCUCCUCCCCCAUGUCCCUCAGCAUGUACUUGCAGCUUUAAGUAUUGAAAUUCUUAAGGCUGCAGGUGAGCGAAGUGGCGGGUCUCUAGAUGGGGUGGCGUUUCUACUACAUUCUGAUUUCUUGGGUGAUCCAGCUGCAACUUAUGCAGUGGCUGACAGUAUUGCUAAGUCUGAGGAUGAGGCUGUUGCUCCGGAACUAAGGACUUUUCUUCGGAAAGACUGGUCCGAGGCAGCUUUCUUGGAUGGGCUGAGGCAAGGAGAAGAACACUAUGUAAACAUGUUGAGGAUUUUCAAGUGGGGUGGUUCUCCUAUUUGCUUAAGCGACCUCCCAGCCCCACUGAGGGUGGCAAUAGCAUAUCUGCCAUUGUAUAGGGAGUGUGCCAAGGCUGCUGGGUCUCUGUUAUCCCAACGAGCAAGGGGGCAGCUUGUGGAAGCGGCGAGAAGACUUGGAAACAGGGCUUUCGAAGAGGUGAGCCAGGGCAGAGAGCUUCUCGGUGUUUUGGAACAUCAUCUUCCUCCAUUUUUGCUCUGCUCACGCAGCCUGCCUUAGCAACAUGUUUAUGUUUAAGCUAUUGAAUUUUCACCCCCCUGUUCUCUCUAUCCGGUAUAUGUGACAAAUAAUAAUAACAGUUAAAGCUGGGUUUAAGCGA